AUGAUGUCUGGAGACUACGAGUACUUGGUGAUGCCUUAUGAUUUAGCCAAUGCGGCGUUGGCGUUCCAGAAAUUUGUGAACGAGGUGUUCCGGGACAUGCUCGGGCACCAGGUGGUCGUGUAUAUCGACGACAUCCUGGACUACUCGGCCACCUUGGAGGAUCACAUCACCCACAUCCGAGUAGUCCUGGGACUCUUGGAGAACCGCCUGUAUGUAAAAGCAGAGAAGUGCCAGUUCCAUCAGGUCGCUGUCUCCUUCUUGGGAUACCAGGUCAGCCCGCAGGGAAUGAAGAUGAAUGAAAGGAAGGCUGAGGCAGUCCCAACCACCAUAAAGGGGCUACAACGUUUUUUGGAGUUUGCCAACUUCUACCGCCGCUUCAUUAAAUACUUCAGCUCCAUCGCCUCUCCUCUCACCUCUCUCCUCAAGGGUGGUCCCCAUAAAUUGGUGUGGAGUCCUGCAGCCGAUGAGGCCUUCCGCCUACUGAAGGGGCGUUUCACCUCCACCCCGUUGCUGAAACACCCAGAUCCUACGCUGCCCUUUGUGGUGGAGGUGGACGCUUCAGAAGUGGGCAUGGGGGCCGUCCUGUCCCAAUGGCAAAACUUGGACAUCCGCCAGGCCCUGGAGAGGGAACCCGCGCCUGCUACCUGCUCUCCGGAGCACACCUACGUUCCCACAGAGGUAAGGGAUCGGCUGUUGACCUGGGCGCACACAUCCCUCCGCCUCCCCUGGACAUCGAUGGAACCCCCACCCUAUGCCGUCAGUUGUAAGGACCUGAAGUAUGACUACAGGUCAUUGCCAUCUACCUCAGUGGUGAUCGCCUUCUACAACGAGGCGUGGUCCACGCUGCUACGCACUGUCCACAGUGUCCUGGAGACAUCACCUAACUUACUGCUACGAGAGGUGGUGCUGGUGGACGACUAUAGUGACAGAGCUCAUUUGAAGGAGCCGUUGGAAAACUACAUCUCCAGCUUGAAGAAGGUGCGUCUGAUCCGGGCCAGGAAGAGGGAGGGCCUGGUGCGGGCCAGGCUCCUUGGGGCCUCCAUCGCCACAGGUGACGUGCUGACCUUCCUGGACUGCCACUGUGAAUGCCACGAGGGCUGGCUGGAGCCCCUGCUCCACAGGAUAAAGGAGAAACCGUCAGCUGUGGUCUGUCCAGUCAUCGAUGUCAUCGACUGGAACACUUUUCAGUAUCUAGGCAACCCUAGGGAACCUCAUAUCGGAGGAUUUGAUUGGCGGCUGGUCUUCACCUGGCACCCGGUGCCAGAGUACGAGCAGAAACACAGGCACUCUCCCAUCGAUGUCAUCAGGUCUCCUACUAUGGCUGGUGGGCUGUUUGCUGUCAGUAAGAACUAUUUCCAUUACCUGGGCACAUAUGACACAGGCAUGGAGGUGUGGGGAGGAGAGAACCUAGAGUUCUCAUUUAGGAUCUGGCAGUGCGGGGGCAGCCUGGAGAUCCACCCCUGCUCCCACGUGGGCCACGUCUUCCCCAAGAAGGCCCCCUACUCGCGGGGCAAGGCACUGGCCAACAGCGUGCGUGCUGCCGAGGUCUGGAUGGACGAGUACAAGGAGUUGUACUACCACCGUAACCCCCACGCACGCCUGGAGGCCUUUGGGGACGUGACAGACAGGAGGAAGCUCAGGACCCAGUUAAGAUGUAAGGACUUCAAGUGGUACCUGGAGAACAUCUAUCCUGAUAUCCACGUCCCUGAGGACAGGCCUGGGAUGUUUGGAAUGCUGAAGAACAGAGGCAUGUCUAGCUACUGCUUUGACUACAACCCUCCUGACGACAAUAACCUGGUGGGCCACCGGAUCAUCCUCUACACCUGUCAUGGCAUGGGACAAAACCAGUUCUUUGAGUACUCCAGUGAGAGAAGUGAGAUCCGUUAUAACACCAGGGAGCCAGCAGGGUGCGCUGCGGGGGACGCCGUCUCCACCUACCUGACCGUGCACCUGUGCAAGAAACCCCGGCAGCCUGUACCACAGGACCAGAAGUUUGUCCUCAGAGAGGACGGCACCCUCUACCACAUGAUGACCCAGAAGUGUGUCCAGGCUGUGGACAAGACGGACAAUGGCAGCCCUGCCCCCGCCCUGCGGCCCUGCUCGGACCACGCCAACCAGAAGUGGUUCUUUGAGGAGAGGGGGGCGUAGUGGAGCGGGCCAGACGAAAUCUCUAUCUCUGGGGUG